AUUUCGGUCGUGUCAAUCCUCAUUGACUGGUGUGUGGCGGCGAGGAGCGGUCGUCUAAAGUGUGCGAAAUAAAACAAGUCGAUGAUUCAAUAUCACACGUGAUCGAAACCGGACGCUUUAUCUUUGUUGUGAUUCCGCUACCCAUUGUAUCCAAGACACUGCUUUACAAUGCGUAUUCAUUAAUUCUUGUAGAUUAAUAACCUUGGGAAUGACAUGAUAUUAUCUUUCCUACUAGUAAAUAGAAUAUUAUGAGAAGAAAUCUAAGUAAACCACAAUGUCAAAUAGAAAUUCAAUGAUGGCCGUUCCUAGAGUGGAGAAAAGACUAAAACUGGUUCCACCAGAUGGAGGUUGGGGUUGGAUGGUGGUCGCUGGAGCAGCAUUGUCUAAUAUUUUUAAUCAGUCGAUGCUGUCGCUAUUCAGUUUGUUGUACGGAGACGCAUUAGAAGCAAUGGGCCACAAUACUAAAGGCGCCGCUAUAGUGCUAAGCACGAUGUUAUUUACUACAAAUUUCGGCGGUCCCAUUGCGGGGGCAAUAAUAAAAUUAACGUCGACUAGAUUUGUAGCUGUGCUAGGAGCAUGCAGUUGUACUUUGGGUAUUUUACUAAGCGGCUUUUCAACUAAUAUAUGGCAUUUAGUAAUUACUUACGGUAUUUUUUUAGGUUUUGGACUGGGAUUUAUACAAAAUUCGUCGUUUGUGGCAAUAAACAGCUAUUUUAAAUUAAGAAAGAGUAGAGCUGUGGGCUUAGCUAACGUCGGUACAGGUAUAGGACAGACAGUUAUGCCGCAUGUUGUUAGAUAUCUUUUAGAAAAUUAUGGUUUCCGAGGAGCUUGUAUGCUGUUAGGAUCCUUGAGUUUACAUGGGAUCGGUGGCACAUUAUUAAUACAGCCAGUAGCAUGGCACAUGAAAAAAGUAGAAGAAGAGGUUGUUAUAGAUGAAAAAAUACAACUAUUGGAAGACAAACACAAAAACAUUGUCAUUGAUAAAGAUCAUAAAGUAAAUGGUGAAUCAAUUUACCAAAACGGUAGUCGGAUUUCAAACAAUGAAAGAGAAAACGGAUUGCCAAUGAAUGGCAAAAACUCAUCACCGAAUCAAGCGCAACAUAAAAGUAUAUUCCGAAAGAUAUAUGAAUUGUUUGACAUGUCUUUGUUAUUGAGUCCUCGGUUCAUUAACAUUAUUAUUGGAACAGCAUUAACAGUUACUUCGAUUCAAAACUUCAGUCUUAUAUUUCCUAUCUUUUUACAGAAAGUGGCAUCCCUGGAUAAACAGCAAACGGCAAAUUGCAUGUCUGCUGUUGCCAUCGCCGAUAUUAUUGGCAGAUUGACAUUACCCGUAUUCCAAGACAAGUACAGGAUAAAGGCGAGAAUGAUGAUUAUUUUGACAAGUAUUUGGCUAAUCGUUGUUAGACAGGUUCUUGCAUACCAAAGUGACUUAACCGUUCUCCUCGUUCUAUCAUGCUUAUACGGUUUUGGCAGAAGUAUGGUUAUCGUUGCCCGGAACAUUGCUAUAUCUGAAAAUUGUCGGUUGGAUCAAGUGCCAGCUGCUGUUGGUUUGGGUAUGCUAAGUAUGGGAAUGAUAGUUCCCCCUACAGGAUACUUCCUAGGAUGGAUCAGAGAUUAUACGGGCAGCUUCAUCGUGUGCAUAUCCGCACAGAAUGCAUUAUUGGUAGCAUUCUUGAUAAUGUGGGUUCCAGAUAUGAUAAUGAUAUGGUUCGAAGAAAGAAGACGGAAAAAGAAGAAUGUAGAUGUUGUUGAAAUGUCAUGACAGAAGAAUUAAAAGAAACAAAAAAGCCAAAUAAAAAUGUUAAAACAUCUGAAUUGGAUGUAAACUAUAGAUAGGACACUAUAAUAAUUUCCGUGGCUGUGAUACAUGGAACAAUAUUAUCUACUUAAUUUCAUUUAGCAAGCAUUUAUAAUUUUAAGACUGAAGCUAGAUAUAAGUAAGGUAAUAAAACUUUUAGGUGAAAUUUAUACAUAAAGAGCUUAACAUGUUGUCUAGUCUGUAAAAAGAUUAUCAUGUUAUUUAAUAAACUGA